AGGCCGCCGCGGGCGCACCACGCUGCCCCCGAGGCAGCCGCUGCCGGGGCCCCCCGCAGGGCCGUCGCCGCCGCCGCCUCCUCCUCCUUCUCCGGGCAUCAUCGCCGCUGCUGCUCCUCCUGCCCCCUCCUCCGGCCUCUUCCCUCCGGCCACACCCUCAUCCGGAGCGGCGGGAAGGCGGGCCUCGGCCUCCCAGCCGGCCUCCCUUCCAGGGCAGCGGGGCCUCCUGAGGCGGCAGCGGAUGAGGCGGACCCGCCCGGCGGAGGGACUUUCCGGGAGCACCGCCAGGAACAGCGCCGGAAGUCCCUCCCCUCUCCCAGCUCCGCUUCCGCCUGCCUGGAGGAAAGAUGGCGCCGGGGAAACCUCUGCGCGUGUUGGCCUGCGGGGACGUGGAAGGAAAGCUCGGAACCUUGUACAGCAGAGUCCAAGCUGUCCAGAAGAAAAGCGGCCAGUUUGACCUCCUCUUGUGUGUGGGGGAAUUCUUUGGGUCUGCUCAAAACCCAGAAUGGGAGGAAUACCAGACAGGAGCAAAGAAAGCUCCUAUACAGACAUAUGUGUUGGGUGCCAACAACAGCGAAACAGCACGACGCUUUCCAGAUGCCAGUGGAUGCGAACUAGCUGAGAACAUCACUUAUUUGGGACGCAAAGGAGUCUUCAGCGGAGCCUCCGGGCUGCAGAUUGCCUACUUCAGUGGGACUGAGUCCACAGUGGAGCCGGCUCCAGCACACUGCUUUGGUGCCAAGGAUGUGGCUGAUCUCAAAACCUCUUUGCUGUCCGCAUCUCAGUUCAAAGGCAUAGACAUCUUGCUGACGUCUCCUUGGCCUAAGGGAGUAGAGGCCUUUGGAAAUAGCCCUGGAGGAACUGACACUAAGAAAUGUGGCUCAGGCCUCGUCUCUUUCCUAGCUGCAAGUCUAAAGCCAAGAUACCAUUUUGCUGGCCUGCAAAAGAUCUAUUAUGAGCGGCUUCCUUAUAGAAACCACACUGUUCUCCAGGAAACAGCACAGCAUGUCAGCAGAUUCAUCGCCCUGGCCAAUGUUGGCAAUGCAGACAAGAGGAAGUACCUCUAUGCGUUCAGCAUCCUUCCAAUGAGCUCCAUGGAUCCUGCGGAGCUGGUCAGACAGCCACAAGACGUCACUGAGAACCCGUACCGAAGGCCUGGGGACGGGGACCGUUGCGCUCUUCUGCUGCCGGAUGCAAAGGAGGAACCAGCCUGCCAGUUUUUCUUUGAUUUAAGCAGCAAGCCGAGAGGAAGGAAGCGGCACACAGAAGGGGGGGAGGGGAGGUGGCCCAAACGUCCACCUUGCAAGCCCCCCCUGCCGACAGCCGCCUGCUGGUUUUGCCUUGCUAGCCCGGACGUCGAGAAGCAUUUGGUGGUGAGCAUUGGCACCCAUUGCUACCUUGCCCUGGCCAAAGGGGGCUUGACCCCUGACCACAUCCUCAUUUUGCCCAUCGGACACUGUCAGUCGAUGGUUGAACUUGCUCCAGAUGUGGUGGAAGAAGCAGAGCAGUACAAGUCUGCCCUGAAAACGUACUUCAGGACCAAAGGGAAGAGAUGUGUGGCAUUUGAAAGGAAUUACAGGAGUCAGCACCUCCAGCUCCAGGUAGUUCCUGUACCCCAGAACUGCUGCACCACGGAAGACAUUAAGGAGGCCUUCAUAGUCCAGGCAGAGGAGCACCAGAUCGAGUUGCUGGAGAUCCCAGAGCACUCAGCUCUCAAACAGAUAGUCCAGCCAGGGACACCUUAUUUUUAUGUUGAGCUGGAUACCGGAGAGAAGCUCUUCCAUCGCAUUGGGAAAAACUUUCCUCUGCAGUUUGGAAGGGAGGUGCUGGCCAGCGAGGCCAUUCUGGGCAUGCCUGGCCGGGCGGACUGGAGGAGCUGCCUGGCAGGGCAGGAAGAGGAAGCUUCCGCGGCCCAAGACUUCCGCCAGGCCUUUGAGCCCUUUGACUUUGCCCAGGCGGACUAAGCGCCGGAAUGGGAGGGACCAGGCAGCCCGGGGUGGCUGGAUCAUGCCCUUGCUGUCCCUGUGAAGAGUCUCCCUCCCCUGUUGAGGCCUCUUGUGGGGACGUCACAGGAGCAUCCAGCGCCUUCUCUGGUGGCCACAUCAUGGAGGGAGGUUGCCUCCGUAGCCAGCCACGCCCAUCUACCCCUGUUGGCCUGUGGCUUCCGGGACAGAGAUGCUGCUGGGUGUUAGUUGUUGUCCAUUUGAGCAACCCACAAACAGGCUGCAUUUUGAAGGGAGGCACUUCGGACCCGCUGAAGUGGCGGGGCAGACUUGCCACACACAUUGAGCAGCACCCACAAGUUUCUGGGGGGACGGCACUCUGCCUCCUCUAGGGUGCUCAAGGGAAACCAGACAGGAAGUGGAUGAUAGGUCAGGCACGGAUGGAAACAUGAUCUGUCUCAUCGGUGGAGCACACACAAUCACACCCAGCUGUGGCUCAGAAGACGUUCCACAUUGUUUUUCAAACUGCAGGCCAAAUGCUGAUUCAGAGGGAAUAGUCUGGGGAGAGGUAUAUAGUUUUGAACAUUUAUUGGACUGUUGCGGUGCUGUAAAAAUGUGAGUUUUUUAAAAAAUAAAAAUGGAAAUGGACUGCCUUCAAGUCAAUCCUGGCUUAUGGUGACCCUGUGAAUAUGGUUUUCAUGGUAAGCGGUAUUCAGGGGUGUUUUUACCAUUGCCUCCCUCUGAGGCUGAGAGGCAGUGACUAGCCCAAGGUUGCCCAGUUAGCUUCAUGGCUGUGUGGGGAUUCGAACCCUGGUCUCCCAGGUCAUAGUCCAAUACCUUAACCAUUACACCACACUGGCUUCUUUCAAAUAAAAGGGUGGUUUUAUAUUUAGAUAAAUAGUUUGAGCUCCUUCCAGUUAGUCUGUCAUCUGGCUACUUGGAAGGACCUUCAUUUCAUACCCGCUGUAACACGUUACCCAGCAGAGGGGGGGGGUUGCCUGGUGCUUUGUAUCUAAGCAGCCUGACAUUGCCUCCCCUAAAGCUAGGAACAGGUGCCUUAUUUAACUCAGAUGUAUGUAUCUGCUUGUUUUUAAUUAAAUCCUCAAGUAAAGACCAGUAACCUCUCCAGGGCC